AAACCAAUACUUCCUCAUUGUACAUUAUCGUCCAACGUUGCAUGCUUUAAAAUAAUUUUAAAGACAUAAUUAUUUUAAUUAAAUUCUUGUUUUCGUCUUUCACUGAUAAUAUUUUGCAGGGGAAGAACCUAAAAAAUUAAAAGAAGCUUUAGUCAUUGUCUGUGAUGGAACCGAUUCUGACGCUUUUUGGUCUCUUGUUAUUUUUCGCGGUAUCUGUUAACAGCUGUUGUUGGAAUCACGGAGGCUGUUACAGUAAAAGAUGUUACCAAGAUUGUUGUUGGACAAGGAGCGGUACAGAACCAAACUUGUUGGCUUUAGACGGAUACAGAUUGUAUUCAAUUAACCGGAAUGAUAGUACAGUAACCAAGCUAGUUGUUGGUUUACGUGGAGAUGACUCGAUUGAUUACCACGAAUCAAAGGCUUACGUCUAUACAAUAAAUUCAGUUGAUGGUACUAUGCACAGGACUUGCUAUCCAUGUUAUAACAAUGAAAGAGAGACAGAGGUAAUAAUUUCAAAAACAUCGCCAUAUCAUCCACACAGUUUUGCUAUUGACUCUGAUAAUGACAAUAUUUACUGGUCAGACUACUAUUAUGAAGCAUUAAUCCGCUCGGACAUUAAUGGUCUAAACGGAACAGUCAUUUUAGAAAAUGGAAAUUUUGGUGCCAUAGGACAUAUUGCUUUAGAUCUUAACGAUAGCUGGAUUUAUUUCAUGAAUGCCUCAGAAGGGUCUAUAGAUAGAUGUAGAUUAGAUGGAAACAAUACCGAAACAGUGUUAUUUGACGGUGACAUGACUACAAGUUCGCGAAUAGCUUUAGAUAUUUUAGACAGAAGGAUUUAUUGGACAAUUGGAAAUACAAUAAAAUCUGCUACAUUCGACGGAAUUGGAUUUAAGGAAAUACAACAAAUUUCACACAAGUCAUCAUAUUAUUCAAUAAAUGGCAUUGCUGUGUACAAUAACUAUCUGUACUAUACAGAUAACUGGUAUGACUAUCGGUAUGUGUAUCGUGUCAAUAAAUAUGGAGGUACUCGACAAAAUAUAGCUAGACUGAGUUCUUCUGUUCGUGACAUAAAGAUCUAUCACGGGGACACCACAAAAGACCCAUGUAGAUCAUACACAACAAUGAUAAAUGUUGAAAAACGCUCAAAGGAUUUUGUAGUUAAUUGGACAACGGAUGGUCCAAUAAAUGAUGCAGUAUUAGAAAAGGGCUGGUACAAAAUUAACUGUGAUAGCUAUAUAUUGAUGCCAGUUUCACCUCCUGGAGCAUAUCAUUGUGGAACAGAUAACCCUAUCUGGCUCAAUGGGACUCUUCCAAACUUUGCAGAGGGAAAUGUAACCAGAGAAGCGUGUAUGCAGACAAAUAGUAGUGUGUGCGAAAUAUCGAUUGAAAUUGAGAUACGAAAUUGUGAUGGAUACUAUAUAUACUACCUACAACCGACUCCUUCCAAUUCAUCUUACUGUUUUGGAAGUGGACGUGUUAAAUGUCCGUCUGGUACAUCUUCCGAAACAGAAUAUUAUCCAGGCUGUAGCUCUAAUUUUCCUAAUGACUACACAGCGGUGGAAGUAAAGGCCAUUUUGGCAGAAGGCGAAAGCUUUCCGAUACCUGGUUUAAGUUCAACACCAAGUUUGGUACCGAUUUUCAAAUGUGACUUUGAAGACAAGUCAAAUGGUACUCAUGCUUAUGAUGUUUUUUGGCUAAUAUGUGGAGGGAUAGUUAAGGAAAAUACGAGCGUGCUUUUCGAGGAUAUUGAUGAAGUUAUCGUCUUUAAGGAAAGCGAUUGGUCACAAAGAUACAGGAUGAAUAUGGAGAUUAAAUGUGCUAUUAGAAGAAGAAAUUCGAUAGGAUCAACACCAGGUCCAUAUCUGUACAGCCAAGUCUUUAGAGCAGGACUAAAUCCACAUGGAACUAGAUACACAGUCUUUGAAGGAGAAUCAAUCAACAUUACCUUUACCUCAACCGUUCCUGUGGGUUGUGUUGCGUCGCAUGAAAACAUUCGAAAACACUGUGAUCAAAAUUUUUACAUAUCUGCACCGGAAUAUGUUAACAGUGGUAUGGAAUGCACUAACAGUGUAGUCAAGAGGAAUAUUGUUUUUAAAUCUCAAUUCUGUGGAAUUCGACUAGGGAGCCUUGAUUGGCAGGAUUCCAGAAAAAUUCAGGUGUACGGAUAUAGCGACGGUCUCUACAAUCUUAACGACAGAAGAACCUAUAUCAGAUUGUCAGCACCAUCUGCUUCGGCAUUUAAUGAUAUAUGGAGGAAUGUAUAUAUCCCAUCCAUAGAGGUUAAAGUAGUCGACAAAGACGCUUUCCUAACAAAUAGCAUAUGUCAAAUUUACAACGAUCCUCAUAUUAUAACCUAUGAUGGAAAAUAUUACGAAUAUAUGGAUGUUGGAGAAUUCGUUAUUUACAGAAAUGAUAUAGGUCCAUAUUGGGUACAUGCGUUAUUCACUAGCUGCGGAUUCGGAUGGCCCGGCUCGUCGUGUCUUUGCGGAAUUGCAAUUAGAAGCCAUGACUCAUUAUUUGUUCUAAGGACUUGCAAAAAGAUUUCAAGACGUGAAAAGCAUUUGCUUCGACAGCCAUUGGUUACCCUUAAUACUUGUGAUGAAAAAGACAUACUGGUCGAAAACACCGGCAAUAAAUAUAAGGUAACCUUGCCAAUUGGAACAGAAAUAAGGUUUGAAAUGUCAAGACGUUUAAUAAGUCUUAUUUCGAUCAAACCAUCCGUGUAUGAUAUACAAACCGCAAAAGGAUUAUGUGGAGUUCCCAGUAAAUAUAAAGAUUCAUCGGAUGAUUUCACACAUCGUGCUGACGGACCAAUUAGCAAUGACCAACUAUUUGCAGAUUCUUGGAGAAUAAGUCCUGAAAUGAUAAAUGAACAGCUAUUCGCUGAGCAUCCACAAUUCGAAAGAGGAAAACAAGAUGGAUAUUCUAUUGUUGUGGUAGACAAUACUGAAAGCAAUACUCACAUAGGACGAUUUUGUGCCUGUAAAGACCAAGCAAGUAGUACUGACUCUGUUGACGACUUUUAUACACUGCAUUGCAACUUAACAGAAAGCACAGAACAGUGCUCCGAAUCGGCUGGUUCUAGUGAUGGGAAGGUUCAUUACGCAUCUUGCUCGCAGUCAUUUAGGCAGAAACGAUCUUUGAACUUCGCAAAUCAAAGAAGAAGACGAAGUGUAGAUGAAAAUGAUGAUAGUGUUGAUUUCGACUCUUUAACAUACGACGAAGACGUAAAUAACACGGGAAUUGAACCCCCAAAAACAUUUAGAAACGGUUGGACAGCAGAAAAAGCUUACCAGACAUGUUAUGACAGUAUUAAAAAUGUUGUUCCGGAAAAUGUUUACAGCACAUAUGUAGAUGUCCCUGUAAAUAGUUAUAUAAAAUCAUGCGUCAGUGAUAUAGAGCUGACAGGAGACACGACGUUUCUUCAAGACACUAUUAAUGCCAUGAUAACAUUCAUCAUGACAGAGCUAGUGAAAACGGAGAAGCUUUAUUUGACAAAGCAAGGAUCAGAAACAUUAUUAGAAUAUGCUACAGGUUUUCUCUGUCCAAAUCACUGUAGUAGCCAUGGAAAAUGCAAAUCAGGAGUUUGCACAUGUGACAGAGAGUUUAUUGGUGAAGACUGUUCUUAUAAUAUAUCAGUACCACCUAGUGAUACAAGUCUACCUUUUGAUGGUUUAUGUAAACUCAGAACUAGAUCUUGCAAGUCAACAAACAUUUUAGGGGAUUUUUUGUCAAGUACUGUUUGGUGCAAGAUAAAAUAUUUUCAGAUCUUUCAAAAAGAGGUUAUCUAUACGCCUGGUGAGGAAAUGUUUUUGGCAGAAUACAGAAACCUAUACAUGGUUUCUCUGGAGCUACCAUUUUCACGAAAGAAAAGAUCAACAAAUGGACCAGUAAUGUCAGACGGAUAUGACAUUAGUCUUUCAUAUGAUGGCAUUAAUUUUGGAGAUGAUAUCAGUAUGGUAAUUUACGAUGACCAGAAGUAUUCAUGUAAUGUGACUUUAAAAACCUGUAUAACCUUGAAUGAUUCCCCAGAAGAUAACGAUAUCUUAUUUACUGUGGUACCUGCUACCGUUAGUGUGGUUGUUGUCGUCUUGGUUAUAGGUGCAAUCUGCUUUAAAUUUAAAUGUUCAAAGUGGAAAAUUGUAUCGGUUGAUGAUAAAGGCAGUCUGAAACCAGAUUCGAACAUGUUUUCGAUUGAGAAAUGGAUCACUAGAGAAAAUACUAUCAGUGACCUUCAACUGGAUUUUGACGAAGAACAAACAUGCGAUAGCAUUGAAGUGUGUGAAAAGCAAGUACCGCCAAACAGUCAUUUGGAAAAAGAUUUUUGAAACCAAAUUUGUCGUUCUAACCAAGUUCAUUGUUUCUUGUGUUUUUCAGUGACUGGUUUGUUUUUCAUGAAUCAAUGUUUAUCCAUUGUGUCUCUAACUUAAACUAUUGUAUUGAUGUCUUUUCAAAAUUCAAGCCUUUUCUUAAUAAUAAGGUAUUUUAAGUGAGUUGAAAUAACCAUGUUAUCAGGGUCAGCAAUGCAUUGAUCAAUAUAACUUCUCAACUGAUUGGUUAGAGAAAUACAUAACAUAACACGUCUGUCUUUAAAUUAUUAUGCAUCUGAAUAUUAUCCGUAAGUAACAAAAAUAAGACAUAUUCGAACUUAUUUCUAAGUAUAUAUAGUAAGUAUGUUACCUAAAUUUCUAGCAGGAAAUUCUAGGCCAAUCACGAUUUACUCGCAUAUGGAUUUGCGAAUAAACAUUUGUAAAGAUAUGUAGUAAAACAAAUGAAAUCAUACUAUAUUUAUAAAACAAAAAUGGACAAAUUGAAUGUAAUCAUUUUCUUUUCAAAUACGCCAAUAAUAAUCCAAAAAAUAAAUGGGAAAACCCGCUAUUAUUACAGAAAAUAUACACAAUAACAUACAAAACAAGAAAAACUGAAAAAUCAAAGAAUAGGGACAACAAAGAGAAAACAAGGAUUUGAACCUAAACCGACAAGUCUCUACUUCUAAGUAGACUCUUUAACUCAUUGAUCUUAACCUCGCGACUAUUAACUUAUACUAUACGAUUGUAUAUAAUGUAUAUAUAAAGGUACAAGCUCUGUGUGUCCGUUGAACCAAUGUGUAUUAUAUGUUCAUUUAUAUAUAUAAAAUAGAAAUCUAAAUCGUAACCCAUUGAUAGUCGAGAGGUUGCGUCGAUGUGUUGAUUUCAGUAACACAUAACAUAUUGCAAGGAAGGGUUCGAUUCCCAGUGAAUGCAUAUAAUAAUUACAAAAGUUAAAAGGUAAGUUAUUAAAUUAAUUCCAUUUGUGAACAGAAAACACUUAGUUAGCCAAUUCAAACCUAAUGAAAGUAGACACACAAAGGAAACAAUUGAAUAUAAUUUGGUGAAUCCAUUUUAACGACAGAUUUAGGCAGCCUUGAUUCUAGAAAAAGAAACCACUGUAUAUGAAAAAAGCUGACGUCGUGGCAAUGGUUUAAUUUUUUUUACAAUUUUUCACUGAAUUCUUUCCAAAAUUGUGUACGUGAAAAAUAAAAACAAAACGGCAGAUUAAUUUUUAUCUUAAUAUUAUUUUGAAGCAUUGGUAAACACGUUUUCAAUUGUUAAAUGCACAACUUUAUUAGACCGCUAAGUUCUUUGAAUUUUUAGUCUUUUUUGUUUAUUACCCUUUUGCAGGAUUUUAUCAUAUUGAAACAUAUCAUUGUCAAAACUAGACAUGUAAAUAUGCAAUUUAUUUUGUUUUGUAUUUGUAUUUUUUCCUAUUUUGGUAAUAGGAUGAAGAUUAAUACAUAUGAUCAUAGUUUAUAUGACAAAUCAAUACAAUGUGCUUAUCAAAAAAAGUACACUAAAGUUGUGAAUUUGUUAAACAUACGACUGACAGUUGAUCACACGAGUAAGAAUCGCUGUAAACACUUGUUAUACAGCAACCAUAUUUGCGCAAUCAAAUUGCAUGGACUAUACAAUCAUUGUUGAAGGCCGUACGGUGACAUAUAGUUGUUAACUUCUAUGCCAUUUGGUCUCUGGUGGAGAGUUGUCUCAUCGGCAAUUUUACGACAUCAUUUUUUUUUAAUCUGUCACACAUCGUUUACUUGUUUGUGACAAGAACAAUAUUUUUCCGUAGAAUUUGUAUUCAUGACUUACGAAAGAAUUUUUUCGUAAUUAUUAAAAAAAUGUUUUAAAAAAAUACGGUAGGAUUUGAGGGGGACAAAAAAUAGUGGUAGGAUUUGAGGGGAACAAAACAAUAGCGGUAGUAUUUGAUGGGGACCGACAGUUAAUCUCUUACAAAAACUGAGGAUUAAUGAAAUUCAACUAGCCGUUUUUUGUAUGCAUUUAGAACUCGUAUAACGGAAUCUGACUAUAAAAUAUGUAUGUUUAUAUGUCACAUUUAACAUCCAGAGAAGUAACCAAUCAAAAAAAUGUAAAAUAAAGUUCAUAGUUUCAUAUUUGGUCCCAAGAAAUUUGUUAAGUAAAUGAGGAAUUAUAUAUUAUGUGCAAAUUUUCAACUUUUGAAAGCUAUGGGGAUCACCAGCUUGGUUUUUUUGUCUUAAUCGUUUAAGUUGGUGUUGAUAAAUUUGGCGAGUGUUUGCUUUGUUCUGUAUCGAAAAAGGUUUUAUUUAA